UAUAAUGAAUAUUUAAAAAACUAGGUAUUAUACUAUUUUCUAUUCGUAUUCUCGAUAACUUAAUGUAAAAAUGAUAUAAUUUAAAUAAAUUGAAGAAAAUUUUUUAUGUAAAAGUUCUGUUAACAACAAAUGGUUUAUUUGAUUUAAUAAAUAUGAAUAGAUUAUUUAGACUGAGAUCUCAAAUGACUGAUAAUUGCUCCAGAGUAGUUUUUUCCAAAAUUACUAAUUGUUUUUAUUGUGUCUGUAAUGUUAAAUUGCAUCUUCGUUUUCGUUCUACCAUUCCAGAGAAUAUACAAAUUAAAAAUAUGACAAAAUCUAAACAGUUGAAAAAAAACUUAAAAAAAUAUACUGAAGUUUUACAAGUUAGCAAUGGUAACACUAGUCAGUCAAAAGUGAAAAUAAAGCAUCUCAAACCAAAUCAAGUACAUAGAAUGGUUGCUUGUAAAAAAACAUUAGCAAUGUUUCCUAAAACAACUAAAAAUGUAUUGAAAUCUGAUAAAACAUUGUUAAAAACUAGUUCCUACAAAAAUAAAUCUCUUUUAAAAGAAGAAUUAUUAGAAGACAUUGAUGAACUUAGUGAAGAUCAAAGAAAACUACUUAAUGAUUCAGAAUUGUUACAAACUAUUACCCUUACUGAGAAUGAUAUAGACAAUAAAUUUGAGAAUUUAAAAGAUAAUAAUGAUGUUUCAAGUACAUGUGAUAUCAAUAAUUUUAGUCAUUCUAACAAAAAAAUUUCAAAAAAAGAACGUGAUCUGAGUAUAGCUAAAAACAAAGAAGAUUUAAAAGAAUUUUUAAAUAAAUUAAAUUUAAAAGGCCGUGAGAAAAGUCUCAAUCAAACUUUGCUUGCAUAUGUUGAUUUAUGUGUAUGCUGUGGGUUUUUGAAUCGAGGAGUUGCAGCUUUAAGUCAUUAUUGUAAUAAAAAUAUUUCAAAAAAAGUAUCAUUAAAAAUAACUGAUGCACGUAUUUUCAAUUGCUUAAUGCAUGGUUUUGCUGAUCAGGGAAACUAUGAAAGAGUAAGAGAUAUUUGGAAAUUAUUAGAUUUAUCUAAAACUGAGCCUAACAUCCAAAGUUAUGCAGCAUGCUUUCAAUGUUUAAUGAAUGAUAAAAAUUAUAAUGAAAAUAAAUUAAAAGAAUUAUCUCAAGUCUUUUUGUCUCAGGGGCACUCUUUUAACGACUUAUUUAAUAAGUGUAUCUUUGUUGGUAACCAAAGAGAAUUAGUUUUAAAAGCUAUUAGAAUACUUGAUCCUUCAUUUAAUCCUAAAAUUAGUAUUGAUAAAAUUGACUAUUCUUGUUCACUUUUAAACCAUAUGAAUAAUAAAGAAUCUUCUUUUAAAUGUCCAGCUAAAGGUCUUUUUAGCGAAAAAGAAUUGAUUCUACUUGGCCAUAAACAGUUGGAAAUGGAAAUGGCAUCUGUUGUAAGUGUAAAAUCUGUAGAAAAUAAUUCACCACCAUCUAAAAAAGUUAUUAAUUAUAGAAAAAAAUUAACUAGUUUACAAGAUAAAUGGAAAGAUACUAUAAGAAAUGCCAUAACUAGAGAGUUAGAAAGUAUUCGAGCUCAACACAACUGUCUGAAAACAUAUAGGAAUGUUAAUAUUUAUCCUUACUUGAGAGUUUUAAAUACGGAGCAAUAUGUUGACAUUAUAAUCCACGAAAUUCGUAAAUUAGCUGUUGGAUCAGAGACAUUUAGUCCGACUGUUAAUAUGCUCUAUCGUCAAUUAGCAAAUCAAGUUAGAUUAAGAUAUGAAAUUAAGUACAAGCAGAAUGCAAUGAUCUUAGAAAAAAUUAAAGUAGUUUAUGGUGAAUAUUGCUCAUGGUAUAUUAAUGGUAACACUAAAAAUAGCCAAAACACUAGACAGCAAUGGCAAAAGCUAGUGCACAAAUACAAAUUAGUGGGUUCUGAUAUUGAAUUAGAUGAUAAAACAUGGCCUUCUACAGUACUUAGUAGUGUUGGAAAAUUUUUGUACAAAAUUAUCAUCAAAGAUAUAAAAAUUGAUGUCAAUAUUAUGAAAGAUAAUAAUGGAGAAGAGCAUUUAUUACCAGCAUUUUAUACAGUGUUUCGAGGACAAGGACAACAAAUUAAGCAAGAAAUUAAACCUCAUCCUGUUCUAUCUAAAUUGUAUAAGUUGUCAGAACCUGAUGACUUAAUUUUUGAUGUUACAAUGAUUCCUAUGUUGAGUCCACCAAUUCCUUGGUCAUCAAUUUAUUCUGGAGGCUAUAUAGCAGCUAAAGCUGAUCUAAUUAGGUUACCCCAACAAGCAAUUUUACAGUGGCAUAGAUUAGAACAAACUCCUAAACAACAAUUAUAUCCAGCAUUAGAUGCUCUCAAUCAAUUAGCCUCUAUACCAUGGACCAUUAAUAAACCAGUUCUAGAUGUUGUUAUCCAAGUAUUUCGCUCUGGAGGUUCAACAAAAUUAAAUAUACCAAUGCCCUCAUCUGCUUGUUUGUCUCCACAAACAAUCUUGCCUUCAAUGAGUAAAGAAGAAAGAUCUUUGAUCCAUAGAGAACGUAACAUUCUUAAAAGGCAGAAAGCUGAAAUGUACAGUUUAUGGUGUGAUGCAUUGUAUCGACUAUCAUUAGCAAAUCAUUUUAGUGAUAAAGUAUUUUGGUUACCUCACAAUAUGGAUUUUCGUGGUCGAGUUUAUCCAUGUCCACCUCAUUUAAAUCAUCUUGGCUCUGAUAUGGCUAGAUCAUUAUUGUGUUUUGCUAAAGGUGAACCUUUAGGACAAAAUGGACUUGACUGGCUUAAAAUACAUUGUGUAAAUUUAACUGGUUUAAAAAAACGAAAUUCGAUAAAAGAACGUCUUGAGUAUGCUGAAGAAAUACUUCCCUCUAUUAUAGAUUCUGCCAAAAAUCCUUUAGGGGAUAACAAAUGGUGGACUGAAUCAGAAAAUCCUUGGCAAACACUAGCAUGCUGUAUAGAAAUAUAUCAUGCAUUACAAUCAAAUGACCCUAAAAAAUUUGUUUCACAUUUUCCUGUGCACCAGGAUGGUUCAUGCAAUGGUUUACAACAUUAUGCAGCUCUUGGUAAAGACUUUACUGGAGCUGUAAGUGUAAAUUUAACACCUGCGAAAAUUCCCCAAGAUGUUUAUAGCUGUGUUGCAGCAAUAGUUGAACGUGAACGAUCUAAUGAUGCUAAAAAUGGACAUAUAAUAGCCAAAUAUUUAGAUGGAUUUGUUAGACGAAAAGUUAUCAAACAAACUGUGAUGACAACUGUUUAUGGUGUUACAAGAUUUGGAGCUCGCUUGCAAAUUGCUAAACAGCUUAAAGAUAUAGAAUCAUUUCCAAAAGAUAAAAUUUGGUCAGCAUCUACCUAUUUGGUAGCAAAAACAUUUGAAAGUCUUAGGGAAAUGUUCACAUCUACUAAAGAAAUACAAGACUGGUUUACAGAAUGUGCUCGAAUAAUAUCACAGUCAUGUGGUAAAAGUGUUGAAUGGGUUACUCCAUUAGGAUUGCCUGUAGUCCAGCCAUAUAAUCGUAAAGCCAAACAUUAUGAUUACACUAAAACUUCUGGUUUUAAAAUGAGUGAACAUUUUGUUUUAGAUAUGUAUGAUCGACCAAAUGUAAUGAAACAAAAAAAUGCUUUUCCUCCAAAUUUUAUUCAUUCUUUGGAUUCAAGUCAUAUGAUGCUGACAUCUCUGCAUUGUGAAAGAGCUGGCAUCACUUUUGUAUCAGUACAUGACUGUUUUUGGACUCAUCCCAAUACUGUUGACAUUAUGGGAAAAAUUUGCAGGGAACAAUUUGUAGCUCUGCAUAAUGAACCUAUUUUGGAAAAUUUAUCCCAAUUUAUGAUAGAAAAGUAUGAACUUCCUCAUAUUCAUGAACCUAAUGAUACACAAGAACUGCUAUAUACUUUUAAACGGUUACCAAAAAAAGGAAAUUUCAAUCUUAACAGUGUAUUAGAUUCAACUUAUUUUUUUAGUUAAAAAGUUUUUGUUGUUGUAUUGUUAUUUUUUUCUAGUCUGUUUUAAAAAUAUAUUUAAACCUAUGAUUCAUCAUUUUUAUUUAAA